AUGCCAUUGCCAAGAAAACAGAGAAAAAAAUUGGCAUUACAAUGGAUGAUUCUCAAAAAGAGGUUCUAAUGGGUCACUGGCGUGCACUCAAACCUAAUUUAGUAUCAGCAUUUGCUGAAGAAACUAAAGAACUAUUUCCUGUUGAUGAGGAAACAGAAAAAUUCCUUCAGGUACCAACUUUAGAUGAUUUCAUUGGAAAUUGUUUAGUUAAAAGACAUGGCAGUAAAGCAUCUUUUUCUAAAGGAAAAAAAUUAUGCUCCCAACCUUACAAAAUGCUUGAGAAAAUAGCAUAUAGAGGACAGCAAGCAAGUUUCAUUGGUAUUGUCAUUUGCAUGUAUAUGCAACAGAGUCUUGGUAAUUUAUUAGAAUUAUUAUCUGAUGAGACGCCUAACAUUGAUAAAGCUAUUCAACAAGUAAGGGACAUUUUUGCUAUGUCCACGAAAGAGUUGGAUCAAGCUGGUAGAGCAGGUGGGUUUCACCAUAUUUUGAGACGUCAAAUGUGUAUGACUGAUACAUCCAUGUUUCUACUUCAUGAUUCUAGAGACAUUUCAGAUUUGCCUCUGACUGGAGAAGGUGUUUUUGGGGAUAACUUAGUUUCUGCUUUAAAAGCUAGAAAAGACAAAGAUAAAACUCUUGAUGAUUUGUUGCCUGAUAUUUUCCCAAAAGACAGGAAAAGGAAAACACCUUCAACAGAGGAUUCUAGUAAAGCUAAAAAGGCUAAAAUAGAGAAAUCAGAUCAAAACAAAGACACGUCAUCUGAGAAUUUUCGUAUCCCAAAACUGUCUUCCAACACAGGACCUAGAAAGUUCACCAAAAAGACAGAGGAUGGAAAAUUCUCCAAACCAGAUACUGGUUACAAGAAGACUCCCUUUCCGGCUAGAGGAGGGAAGUCCUUUAGAAAAUGACAAGGAUGAAGAAUGAGUUCUUCCUCGGCGAGUCGCUGAGGGAGAGUGUAUAUAUGUUUUUCGUUAUGUGGGAAUGGUGGUGGAUUUUAAAUGCACAUAGAUGACAGUUUGCCUGAGUGUUUAAAAACACUGGUUUUUAACGGCCAAUCUGUCUGAUCAGAUGUUUUUCAACGUUGUUGAAAUAAAUAUAAACUACGGAACUACAUAG